AUGUGGGAUGUGACCGCUAUUUCACUUCAGGCCGCCGAAGCUGACUCCAUCGGACCGCUCGAGGCAACUCAUGUAUCCUUUUCGUCCGCAGCCUCGAUCUGGAAACGUGCCACCGCUCGGCCGUCCGUAGCACUCGUCGGUACACCUGUCUCAACCGACUGGAUGUACGAAUCCUGCAGAUUGGCCGCGCUGAUCUACUGCCGCAUGGUGUUGCCCCGCAUCCCGUCGGCCGUUACCGGAGCCUUUCCUCCUCUUUCCGUGCUUGGUCGAGAUCUCUACCGUUCCCUUACAGGAACUGACGCUAGCGACUGCUGGGGUGAUAUGGCCGGCGUGCUGUACUGGUGUUCACUUGUCGGUGGGGCCGCCAUGCGCCCUGUUCCCGAUACCUCCGAGACGGAUCGAUGGGAAGAUGUUGAAGGCAGCGACUUCGAGGAGAGCGAGCAUCGCAGGAGGUGGCCCACUUUGUUGGCUGUGCGGCUCACCAUCUGGCUGGCAUUCCAGUAUGCGGACAUGGUAACGACUACUCUGAGGAGAUUCAUCUGCGUGUCUCGACCAGUAACGGUGUAA